AUGAGUCAUGAGAAUUCCAGCACGAUCACUGAGCUGGUCCUUGUAGGAUUUUCCAAUCACCCCCAGACUGAGAUUCCAUUCUUUUUUCUCUUUUCUCUGGUCUACUCGGCAAAUCUUGUUGGAAACACAGCUGUUAUCAUCUUAGUCGUCGUAGAUUCCUCUCUCCAGACACCCAUGUAUAUCUUCCUUUGUCACCUGGCCUUUCUCAACAUAUUUUUUAGCACAGUUGUGGUCCCCAAGAUGCUUUUUAAUUUUCUUGCAAGCAGGAAAGUCAUAUCUUACAACUUCUAUAUUGCUCAGACUUACAUCACCUUAUUCCUGGAGUCAACUGAGUGCUUUCUCCUUGCAGUAAUGGCACUGGAUCGCUAUGUGGCCAUUUGUUACCCACUGAGAUAUCUGCUCAUCAUGAACUGGUCUGUAUGCAUGACAUUGGCUCUGGGGGCCUGGAUCAUUGGCUUUUUUGCCUCAGUGGUGCCUCUCUACCACAUAAUUCUUCCACUCUGCAGUCCAUAUGUUGUUGACUAUAUUGUCUGUGAAUUGCCCAUUCUUCUUCACAUUUUCUGUGCUGUUACAUCCCUGCAGGAGACUGUGAUGGAUGGGGGGGCUGGAACGGUGUUAUUCCCCUUCCUCCUCAUUAUACUCUCCUACCUUCGCAUCUUGGUGGCUGUUAUGAAAAUAGAUUCUGUUAAAGGCAAGAAAAAAGCCUUUUCUACAUGUACUUCCCACCUGAUUGUGGUGACCAUAUAUUAUGGAACUGGAUUGAUCCGGUACAUGAGACCCAAGUCCUUCUAUUCAGCAGAGGGAGACAAACUCAUCUCUGUGUUCUAUGCAAUCAUCAUCCCUACGCUGAAUCCUUUCAUUUACAGCCUAAGGAACAAGGAAGUCAAAGAGGGUAUGAGAAGAGUCAUGGGAGGAUACAAAAAUGAAACAAAAUAA